AUAAUUACUGGCGUGGAGGCACCGAGUGAGGAGAAAAGCGGUGGGUGCCUUUUCAGAGCUUGAAGGUCUCAUCGGGCUCCACUACUCAGGAGAGGUUCUUAAAGCAUCGCAGUUGGGAAGCAACAAACACAUCCACCACACAAAAACAACAAUCAACAGGAUGCGUCACCUGGCGUGUGCUUUUCUGGUGGUUUUGGUUUGUCAUGGAUUCGCGCAUUGCCAACAGGCCAACGGCAAAGAUCUCGAUGACCUGAUAAAGCAAGUUUUCACUCCAGCGCCUCCGAACGCAAAAAACAAUGAACAAUUCCGGGGAACGACGGUCGUGGGUCAAGCACCCCUUUCGUGCACCUGCGUCCCGUACUAUUUGUGUCAGAACGGCACAAUCAAGACUGAUGGAGAAGGAGUCAUUGACAUCAGAAUAAAAGAGCCGACAUGCGAGAGCUACUUGGACGUGUGUUGUCAAGACCCUUCGGACGAACGCAUUCCUCCCUCCCCGCAGCCACCCCGUGCUGGCUGCGGCCGCCGCAACCCCGACGGCGUCGGUUUCCGCAUAACCGGCAACCUCGACGGCGAGAGCCAAUUUGGCGAAUUCCCCUGGAUGGUGGCCGUCCUGAGGAUCGAAAGCGUCAAACCUAACGAGCCUCCAAUCAACCUGUACCAAUGCGGAGGCGCUUUGAUCCACCCCCAGGUUGUGAUAACCGCCGCCCACUGCGUCGCAGGCAAGGACGGGCAGGGCCUGAAAAUCAGAGCCGGCGAAUGGGACACCCAGACCAAAAACGAGCUCUACCCGCACCAGGACCGAAACGUGGUUCAGGUCCUCGUCCACCCUGAGUACUACGCCGGCGCCCUGUACAACGACGUCGCCCUUUUGAAGCUGGAUGCGCCAGUCAACGCUGCGGACAACGUGGACGUCAUUUGCUUGCCCGAACAGGGACAGAACUUCGAUCACAGCCGAUGCUACGCCAGCGGCUGGGGCAAAAACGUUUUUGGCAAAGAGGGCGAGUACCAGGUGAUUCUGAAAAAGGUCGAGUUGCCGGUGGUGCCGCGACAACAGUGUCUUCAAUCGCUGAGGAAAACCAGACUCGGCCAGCACUUCCGUCUGCACAACAGUUUUGUGUGCGCGGGCGGAGAGCCCGGCAAAGACACUUGCAAGGGAGACGGCGGUAGUCCUCUGGUGUGUCCGCUGAUCAACCACCCCGGACAUUACGCGCAGGUCGGAAUUGUUGCGUGGGGCAUCGGCUGCGGAGAAAACGGAACUCCUGGCGUCUACGCUAAUGUGGCCCUUUUCAGAAACUGGAUUGACCAACAAAUGAGGAAUAUGAACCUUGACCCUCACUCCUACCACUUCUAAACAAUUUAGAUUUUAUAGACUCUUAAAGACGGAAUAAAUUUUAUCACUUUUUUAAUAUUUAAAAAAAUUAAA